AUGAAUUCCACACAGUGUUUCCUUACUUCACACAUCCGCCUUGGUGUUCUCCACGGGCCAGUGCGAGGAGCCCCCCGUUCUUUUAAGCUGAGUGCCUCUAAAGGAGUUCGCUAUCCUCGUCUUUCCACCCUCUCGCUGGCGGGUGGGUUCUCCAUAAUCGCCGAACCCAAGGCCUUAAGGUGGCCCCCUAUCUUAAAUAUCGCACGCAGUUCGAGCACAGUAGCUAAUCAAAGCCUCCAUCGCGAGGAUCUCAGGGAGGAGCCCUCUAGCUGGUGGCUGCGCACCUACCAUCGCGCGUUUUUCGCGCCAAACGAACGCGACGACGGCGGCGAAGAAGAAAAGGGCGACCGCACCAAAGUCGAAUGCCUCCUUCCAAUGGAAAGUGGGGAGGUGUUGCGCGUUACCCGAGGUAUUUGUACGGCGCUCUCUUCUCUUCUUUCGGAAGGUGGCGAAGCGCUACGCGAACCCUCCGACAUGUUGCUUGUGCGAGAGAUGCAGGCUGUGCUGCUUUUCAUCAUUCACCAUCGCCUGCGGUACUUCAUGAUUCCCCCCUUCCAGCCGCCAGGGGAGGGGAUCGAUGCGCUGGGCGACAAAGAAAUCGUAGGCGAACUGCGGGAGGCCGUGGAAACGUCCAGUGAUGCCUCUUUGGGCUCUCCAAACCCCUCCUGCGCGCUCCAGCCAGCCGAAAAGGGCGAUUACGAAAAAGAUUCGUCCUUCCUCGGCGUCCGGCGUGCGGCGUGUGAGCGGGUGGAUGAUUUAACCGCGCCCGUUCCCCCCCGGGUGUUGUCAACCGCUGAGAGUUUGGUGGGGGUGGUGAAAUCCAUUUUAGACCUCCCGCCCACGGCCGUUACGCGGAUGUACCACACCCACAGCGUCCUCUACGAACUCCUCCUCACGCCUUUGGGAGUGGUGGAGCAGCUGACGAGCUCGACGAUCGCGUUGGUCGCGACGUGCAUGGCGAGGUGCGCGGAGGGCUACGCCGUGCGGCUUCAUCUUUCCGCCUUUACUUCGGAUGAUGAAAGGCGCCCGUCGUGGGAGGGAGGAAACCUCGUGGAGGAGGAGGAGGAGGGAGGGAAGCGUCUUCUGCGGAUGUACCUCGAUCAAGACGCGUUGCUCGCCACGCAGGCAGAGCAGAUGACAAAAUUUCUUGCCGAUUUUCAGCCAGGCGUAAACCCCGUUGUCGUGAUUUCACACUUCAACAUCCUAUGUCGUGUGGUGCGGAAACGCAUGGAGGAUUUUCUUGCCCACCAGUACGCGGAAUGGAAAGCCACUUCCGCAAACUUCCAUAACAGCAAAACUAAAGAGAUCAAAUAUUUAAAACAAAAAGACUUUUGGGAUCGCGUGAAAGGUCCUGCUGGGUCUGAUAGCUCGCUGGUGGCGGCGGUGGAGCGGAGGCAACGCGCUGAGGAGGCAAAGCUCCGCCUCCUUCCCCUCGAGGAGCGCAAAAAAAAAAAUGUGGAAGGGGGGGCUCGACCGCGGCGUCGGCGCGCCGUUGGCAACGUCAUCGCGGAAAAAAGUCAAUCCACCGUCAUUCCCCCUCCUGAUCACGCAAAGGCGUGUGAAUCGCGCGAGUUUCUUGAUUUAACUCUGAGCGAUGUGGCCACGAUCGCCUCUGCGGUGGGUUUUCUGCGGUAUGCGGAUUCAUUUUUUUGGGAGGUGCUCACCACCUUCACCUGCUGGAGGCUCUCCCUCGCGGAAACGGAGGAUCUCGAAUUGGAUCAUAAAGGGUGGAGCAUGAGGUUGCGGGAGGUGCGCGAUAUCGCGUACGCCCUCGAUUACGCCCGUCAACGCGACCAUUACACGCGCCUAAUGGAGGAGCUGGUGCGUAUGGGAUGGCUUUCCGAACCCAUUCCCCCCCCCUCGAUGACGGUGCAGGCAAUGCAAAGUGGGGUUCAGUAA